UGUUGGAGGUCAGCCGUAGGAGGCGUGCGCCUGAAAUGUUUUACGCAGAAUGUUAUGAAAUUGGAAUUACGAUGAUGGACUUGCAUCCUUUGUGUUAUAUGCAUGCUUGUGUCUAUGGCCUUAAUUGGUGUUGAGAUAUAACAGUGAAACGCUUAAUUUCAACACUCUUAUUACAAGACCAAAGAGCAAGAUCUCUGUCCGUUUUGUCCUAACAUUAGCUAACAGGAUAGCAAGCGCGCCGCUACAGUUGGACGGACAAGGUUGGGUUCGAACCGCGCAGGCCUGUCAUUCGGCAAACUGCCCCGCGGCAUUGGGGCAGCAAUUAGAUGAUUUUCGAUUCAAUCAAAUGUUCUGGUUUUGCCUGGAGUUAAAGUCGCAGUCAUGAGGAAGGACGUCCGGAUAUUGCUGGUUGGUGAACCCAAAGUGGGGAAGACAUCACUGAUCAUGUCGUUGGUCAGUGAGGAGUUCCCUGACGAGGUUCCCCUGCGUGCCGAAGAGAUCACCAUUCCAGCAGAUGUCACACCAGAAAGAGUGCCCACACACAUAGUGGACUAUUCAGAAGCGGAGCAGUCAGAAGAACAGUUAUACCAAGAAAUUUCCAAGGCUAAUGUAAUAUGCAUCGUCUAUUCUGUCAACAACAAGAAGUCUAUUGAGAAGGUGACAAGCCACUGGAUUCCUCUCAUCAACGACAGAACGGACAAAGACAGCAGGGUGCCGCUGAUCCUGGUGGGGAACAAGUCGGACCUGGUGGAGCACAGCAGCAUGGAGACCAUCCUGCCCAUCAUGAACCAAUACUCUGAGAUCGAGACCUGCGUGGAGUGUUCAGCCAAGAACCUGAAGAACAUUUCGGAGUUGUUCUACUAUGCCCAGAAGGCUGUGCUGCACCCCACGGGACCCCUCUACUGUCCUGAGGAGAAGGAGAUGAAGCCGUCGUGCAUCAAAUCCCUCACGCGCAUUUUCAAAGUGUCCGACCUCGACAACGACGGAGUUCUCAACGACAACGAGCUCAACUUCUUCCAGAGGACGUGUUUCAACAUCCCUCUGGCCGCUCAGGCUCUGGAGGACGUCAAGAACGUGGUGAGGAAGAACAUCACGGACGGCGUGAAGGACAACGGCCUCACGCUCAAAGGUUUCCUGUUCCUGCACACACUCUUCAUCCAGAGGGGCCGGCACGAGACCACCUGGACUGUCCUGCGGCGCUUCGGCUACGACGACGACCUGGAGCUCACGCAGGAGUACCUGUUUCCACUGCUGAAGAUCCCGCCAGACUGCACCACAGAGCUGAACCACAAUGCGUACCUCUUCCUGCAGGGGGUCUUUGACAAGCAUGACAAAGACCGGGACUGUGCUCUGUCCCCUGAUGAGCUGAAGGACCUGUUCAAAGUCUUCCCCUACAUGCCCUGGGGCCCUGAUGUCAACAACACUGUCUGCACCAACGAGCAGGGCUGGAUCACCUACCAGGGAUACCUAUCACAGUGGACGCUAACGACGUACCUGGAUGUGCAGAGGUGUCUUGAGUACCUGGGCUACCUGGGCUAUUCCAUCAUUAACGAACAGGAGUCUCAAGCAGCAUCUAUCACAGUGACGCGCAACAAGCGCAUCGACCUGCAGAAGAAGCAGACGCAGCGCAGCGUGUUCCGCUGCAACGUGCUGGGAGCGCACAACAGCGGCAAGAGCGGCUUUCUGCAGGCUUUCCUGGAGAGGAACCUUGUGCGACAGCGGAAGAUGAAAGAUGAUCACAAGUCCUACUACGCCAUGAACACCACCUACGUCUACGGCCAGGAGAAGUACCUGCUGCUUCAUGAGGUGUCUCCGGACCUGGACUUCCUGUCGGACACAGAUUUGGCCUGUGAUGUGGUCUGCCUGAUCUAUGAUGUCAGCAACCCUCGCUCCUUUGAGUACUGUGCCAAGGCCUACAAGCGCUACUUCAUGGACAGUAAGACGCCGUGCAUGAUCAUCGCGGCCAAGUCGGACCUGCACGAGGUGCGGCAGCAGAGCACGCUCCCCCCGCUGGACUUCUGCCGCAAGCACCGGCUGCACCCGCCACAGCCCUUCACCUGCAACAGCACCGACGCGCCCAGCAAAGACAUCUACACCAAACUCACCACCAUGGCCAUGUACCCCCACGCCAAGUUGCGGUGCAUGUGCGCCUGCAACCGGUGCACCUUUUGCGUCUCGCACAACCUGCUGAACUCUGAGCUGGUGCGCUCUAUCAAGGCCACCCUCUACACGGCCCUCCUCAACAGGUUACGGCCCUAUGUCGAGCACCUGGGCGCAUGCCUCUUGGCUGAUGAGGACUCCAGCCUCAUCCACCAGGUGCACGAGGUCACCUAUGUAGAGGAGUCCAUCUACAUGGAGUCGUCUGUCGAUCCCUUUACGUCCAGACACAUGACCCAGGCUGACCUGAAGAACUCCACCUUCUGGCUGCGGGCGAGUUUGGGUGCCACCGUCUUUGCCGUGCUGGGCUUUGCCAUGUACAAGGCCAUCCUCAAGCAGCGGUGAUCGGUGUCAACACACACACACACACACACACACACACACGCGCCUGUGUGACGGCCAUGAUGACCCCCCUGCUCACCCCACCCCUCCGCUCUUACCCCUCCGCAACUACCCCCCCUCAACCUCUAAUCCUUCCUCUUCAUUCUAGUGCCCCCGGUUGAGUCAAAGUUUAACUAGAAACGUUGCAAAUCCUAGAUAUAGCUACAUUUUUUUCUAUACAUAUAUGUAUAUAUAUUUGACAUGGAAAAAAGAACAUUAAAAGUUGCAACUAUUUUUCUUCGGAGGCUUAUUGGAACCCAUGCGCCUGACAUAAAGCCACCACCAUCUGCAUUUAAAAGGGCAUUUUUCGAACUCUGCUGACAGCUGCAGUACAGUUGCCUUCCUGGUUAGCCCCGCCAUCUGCUGGUUUUUCUAAAGGCAGGUCUAAACUGCUCUCAGGCCAGUAUUCGAGCGCCCCGAACAAGGAGGAAUUGCAGGUAGCUAUGGCAGUACAGGGUUCUCAGCUCCGAUGGGACUGUCCUCCAUGUUUAUAAACUGUAUAUAGUGCUCUGAAUAUACCUAAGAUCACACUCAUUGUCUCUGAGGUGAAAGGUCGUGGGAGGAGCGCAUGGUCACACUACCCAGGGGAGAGACUACCAACACCAAGCCAUUUCUAACCUGUUCAAGGUUGUGUGUUUUCAAGACACAUUGCAGAUGUAUUAAUUUAUUAACCUUUUUUUCCUCUGCUUUUUGAUGUUUUUUUUUUUUCUUUGUGUUGUCCAUUUUAAUAUUUUUUUUUUGUUUGGCAUUGCAUGGAAGCAAGCACAGAUCAGAUUAGUUUCCUUUCUUUUGUAAUUUGUUGUGUUUGUUUUUUUAUUUUGUUUUAUGGUUGUUGAUUACACUUGAUCACUGCGGAAAAGAAGAAUUCUGAAGAACAAUGACAUGAACUUGAGUUAUUCGAUGAGCUGGCUGGAGCUCUCCUUGGAGUUUGAGAGUGUCUUUGCCCCCUCUGUGCUGUGCUGUGCUGUGCUGUAUGAGGGAGGGGAGCUGACAGACUGACUGACUGACUGACCAUCUAACUGACUGACUGACCGUCUAACUGACUGACUGUGGAGCCACCCCUCUGCCCUGCUCCCCUGCCUGUGGCCAGAGACGACUGAAGGACUUUGCUCUUACCCCCCACACACACACACACUCUACAGAGGGGUGUGUAGUGCCCUCUGCUGGUCACAUUGUUUUAAACUGCAUCAAACACAGAACAAGCGCUCACGACCUUCAGGGUUGUAUCCGUGAAGCUCCUCUCUCUCUCUCUCUCUCUCCUCGAUGGACUCCAUACCACCACACAGAUGUAACUUACCCGUAUGUUGCACUCUCAUCACAACUAUGUAUCAUCAUCAUUACUAUUAUUAUUUUCAUUGUCAUUACUGUUCAGUUCUGACACCAUGCUCUGCUCACAACAGAUGGUAGAACAUGUUUUAUUCAUUUCUGACUUAUCCUGCAUUUACAAUAAAUAACUGUGUGAUCUA